UAUCAAGUUGUAUUUACCAAGUUUACAGAAAAAAAUUUAAUUUAGAGUUUCCAGAGUUUAUGAACUAACAAAGUUUAUCAAUUUAUAAUUAAGAAAAUGUCCGUUUUCGAAGAAGAUAUAACUAAUGAUAUUUUAGGUGAAGAUUUAGAAAGAAAUAUAAGUGAUAAUGAACUACCUGGAACAGAUGAUGAGCAAAAUAAUGAACAGAAUGAAAAUCAAGAUCAAAAUAAUGAUAAUCCAAAACCAGUUGAACCAAAAAAGAGAACAGUAAGAAAUCCUAAGCAUACUUUAAAAGUGCAAACAUUAAAAGGCCCUCGCGGUAUUCAUACUAUUGAAAAAUAUUUUGAUGGAAUAAAAUAUCGCGGUAAAGGCUAUGAAAAACAAGAUUUAAAUGAAGUUAUGAAAAGAUUACAACAUUGGGCACAUAGAAUGUUUCCUACAUAUAGUUUAGAUGAUAUACUGGAAAAAGUUGAAAAAUUUGGUAAAAAGAAGGAAUUACAGGUCUAUAUGACUAGAUAUCGUUUAGGACAAUUAGAAGGAGAGCUUAUUCCAAAUACAGAAGAUGAUAUAGAACCAGAAUUAGCAAAUAUAAAUAAUGAACCUUUUGAUGAAUUUGAUGCUCUAUUAGAUGAACAGAUCGCUAUUUCAAAGUUAGCCCCAAGAACUCCUGGAUCAAGAUCUAUGUCUAUGUCUAGCAGUGUUUUUAAUACACCAAAAUUGAAUGAACACAAUGCUGCAAUGUCUACACCUUAUCCACAAAACUAUGAUGAUUUAGAUAAUUUAGCACAACCAUUACCAUCAACACCUAUUCCGUCAACGCAAAAAUCACCAAAAAAAUUAACAGCAGAGCAAUUGGCAAGAAUAGCAGAAAAUCGUAGAAUAGCGAUAGAAAGAUUGAAAGCUAAGAAAGAAGCACAAGGAACUAAAUAAUUAGAAUGGAACAUGAAAUAAAUUCCAAAAUAACUAUUUUUUAAAACAUGAAACAAUAAUCUAUGUCUUUUAUUUAAAGAAAACUUAUUUAAAUUUUUUUAUGUACGUAGUAGAUGCAGUAG